AUGGUAGCUGAACUUAUUGAUGGUAAAGCCAUUGCUUUGGAUCUUCGUACUAAGAUCCAUGAUGAUAUUGCUCAAUUUCAAUUAAAACACCCAGAAUUUAAACCUCAUUUAUCGAUUAUUCAAGUUGGUGACAGACCAGAUUCUAACACGUACGUCAAAAUGAAAUUGAAAGCAGCUGAAGAAGCUAGUAUUGGUUGUGAACUUAUUAAAUUACCUGAAGAUAUCUCUGAAUUUGAAUUGUUGAGUCAAAUUGAAAAGUUGAACAAUUCAUUGGAUGUUGAUGGGAUUUUAGUACAAUUGCCUUUACCUGGUCACAUUGAUGAAGCUAAAAUUACUGAUGCCGUUUUAGCUGACAAAGACGUUGAUGGGUUUGGUCCAUUCAAUGUUGGGGAAUUGGCCAAAAAAGGUGGUGAACCAUUAUUUUUGCCUUGCACACCAAAGGGGAUCAUGCAUUUGUUUGAGAAAUCUAAAAUUGAUCUUGAAGGUAAAGAUGUUGUAGUUUUGGGGAGAUCAGAUAUUGUUGGUAAACCAAUUGCCCGUUUACUCACUAAGGCUAAUGCAAAUGUUACUGUUGUUCAUUCCAAAACCCCAUUAGAAAAACUUAAAAAUUACUUGGCUGAUGCCGACAUUAUUGUUGCCGCCAUUGGACAACCACAAUUUAUUAAAGGUGAAUGGUUAAAGGAUGGUGUUGUAGUUAUCGAUGUUGGCACCAACUUUAUUCCUGAUGCUAGUAAAAAAUCAGGCCAACGUAUGGUUGGUGACGUUGAAUUUGAAUCUGCUAAAGAAAAGGCUAGUUUCAUCACCCCAGUUCCAGGUGGUGUUGGUCCAAUGACAGUUGCUUGUCUUUUGGAUAAUGUUGUCAUUGGUGCCAAAAAACAUUACAAGACCAACAAUGAGACACCAAAGUUCACCAACCCUUUAAAAUUGCAUUUACAAAAACCAGUUCCUUCCGACUUUGAAAUUUCUCGUGCUCAGCAACCAAAAAGAAUUACUCAAGUUGCUGAAGAAGCAGGUAUUUUGGAUGCUGAAUUAGAACCAUUUGGUUUUUACAAGGCCAAAGUUUCCCUUGAUAUUUUGAAACGUUUGAACAACAAAGUUAAUGGUAAAUAUGUUUUAGUUACUGGUAUUACUCCAACUCCUUUAGGUGAAGGUAAAUCUACUACUACUGUGGGAUUGGCACAAGCUUUGGGUGCUCAUUUGAAGAAAAAUGUCUUUGCCAAUGUCAGACAGCCAUCUAUGGGCCCAACAUUUGGUAUCAAAGGUGGUGCUGCCGGUGGUGGUUACUCACAAGUCAUUCCUAUGGAUGAAUUCAACAUGCACGUUACGGGUGAUAUACAUGCCAUAACAAUGGCCAACAACUUGUUAGCUGCAGCAAUCGAUACAAGAAUGUUUCAUGAAAGCACCCAAAAGGAUGGUCCUUUGUACAGAAGAUUAGUACCAGAAAAGAAAGGUGUCAGAAAAUUCACCCCUUCAAUGUUGAGAAGAUUAGAAAAGUUGGGAAUUACCAAAACUGAUCCUAAUGAAUUGACCCCAGAGGAGAUCACACAAUUUGCCAGAUUGGACAUUGAUCCGGAAUCCAUUACUUGGAGAAGAGUUGUUGAUUGUAAUGAUCGAUUCUUGAGAGGAAUUACUGUUGGUCAAGCACCAACAGAAAAAGGGUUCACUAGAGCCACUGGAUUUGAUAUCACUGUUGCUUCGGAAUGUAUGGCUAUCUUGGCAUUGGCCAACUCCUUAGAAGAUAUGAGAGAAAGAUUAGGUAAAAUGGUUAUUGGGUCUUCCAAAGCUGGAGUUCCAAUUACUUGUGAAGAUAUUGGAUGUGCUGGUGCCUUGACAGCCUUGUUAAAAGAUGCCAUCAAACCAAAUAUUAUGCAAACAUUGGAAGGUACCCCAGUUUUCGUUCAUGCUGGUCCAUUUGCCAAUAUUUCCAUUGGUGCUUCAUCUAUUUUAGCCGAUAAAAUGGCUUUGAAAUUAGCCGGUACUUCUACUGAAUUGUCUGAAGAAGAAAGAAAAGAACAAGAAGGUUAUGUGGUUACUGAAGCUGGAUUUGAUUUUACUAUGGGUGGUGAAAGAUUCAUUAAUAUCAAAUGUAGAUCAUCAGGAUUAGUUCCCGAUGUCAUUGUCAUUGUUGCCACUGUUCGUGCAUUGAAAGUUCAUGGUGGUGGUCCAGAAGUCAAAGCUGGUGCACCAUUGGCUCCAGAAUACACUCAAGAAAACGUUGAGUUGUUGAGAAAAGGUUGUUCCAACUUGGCCAAACAUAUUGCCAAUGCCAAGAGUUAUGGUUUGCCAGUAGUUGUUGCCAUCAACAAAAUGUCUUCUGAUUCCGACAAAGAACAUGAAGUUAUCAGAGAGGAAGCCUUGAAAGCUGGAGCUGUUGAUGCUAUUGUAUCCAACCAUUGGGAAGAAGGUGGCAAAGGUGCUGUUGAUUUAGCUCAAGGUGUUAUCAAUGCUGCCAAUUCACCAGAAAAGAAUUUCAACUUUUUGUAUGGAUUAGAACCAUCAGUGGAAGAAAAAAUUUCUACUAUUGCCAAGGAAAUGUAUGGUGCUGGUGAAGUUGAAUUUUUGCCAGAAGCACAAAAGAAGAUUGAUCUUUAUACUAAACAGGGUUUUGGUAAAUUACCUAUUUGUAUUGCCAAAACACAAUAUUCAUUGUCACAUGACGCCAAUUUGAAAGGUGUUCCAACUGGAUUCAAAUUCCCAAUCAGAGAUGUUAGAGCUUCAAUUGGUGCUGGUUACUUGUAUGCUUUGGCGGCUGAAAUUCAAACCAUUCCAGGUUUGCCAACUCAUUGUGGAUUUAUGAAUGUUGAAGUCAAUGAAGAUGGUGAAAUUGAUGGAUUGUUUUAA